CAUUUACCAUUAAAAUAAAACCGUGUGGCUUUUCUUCCAUUAUUUUGUGCAACAUCUUUCAUUUCGUUCAUUUUACAUGUUGUGUGAAUUUAUUUAUUCCGAUUAAAUAAAACGCAAAUUCUAGAAUCAAUCUCCAAAAAUCACACAGAAAAAUGUCUGAAGUUGAAACAAAAAUCGAAGAACCAAUCACUGGUGCGGUAAAAGAUGAAAUCCAAGCCGAUGGCGAAGUGAAAAAACAAAAGAAACCCAAACCCAACAACAAGAAACUUCGGCAAGCUGAAGCAGCUGCCAAAGCCGCUGAGGGUGGUGGAGGAGCAGAAAAUAGUGAGGAAAGUGGUAAGCAGCAAAAUGGCGAUGCCACCGCUGCAGGCGCCACUGAAGACGGCGAUGCAGACAAGAAGAAGAAAAAGAAGCAAAACAAAGCCAAACCCAAGGGCGCUCCGAUGACCCCGAUCGCUGAACAAUUCCCCGACGGCAAUUUCCCAGAAGGAGAAGUGGUUAAGCACCCGAUUCCAAAGGAUGUUGACGAGCGCACAGCCAAGGAUCGCUUCACCAACGAGGAGAAGCGUGCUCUCGACCGCAUGCACACAGACAUAUACAAUGAGCUGCGUCAUGCAGCCGAAGCUCAUCGCCAAACGCGGCAGUAUAUGCAGGGUUUCAUUAAGCCCGGCAUGAGCAUGAUUCAGAUCUGUGAGGAACUGGAAACGACUGCCAGGCGAUUGAUUGGAGAGAACGGUCUCGAGGCGGGACUGGCCUUUCCCACAGGUUGCUCGCUGAAUCACUGCGCGGCCCACUACACGCCAAAUGCUGGGGACACCACAGUCCUGGGGUACGAUGACGUGUGCAAGAUUGACUUCGGAACCCACAUCAAGGGGCGCAUCAUAGAUUGUGCAUUCACCUUGGCAUUUAACAGCAAAUACGACAAACUGCUGGAAGCCGUCAAGGAUGCCACAAACACCGGUAUCAGGGAGGCUGGAAUAGAUGUCAGGUUAUGCGACAUCGGAGCUGCGAUUCAGGAGGUUAUGGAGUCGUACGAGAUCGAGUUGGACGGGAAGACCCACCAAGUCAAGAGUAUUCGGAAUCUAAAUGGGCACUCGAUCAGUCCAUAUCGUAUUCAUUCUGGGAAGACAGUGCCCAUCGUCAAAGGUGGAGAAUCCACCCGCAUGGAGGAGAACGAGUUCUAUGCCAUCGAAACAUUCGGCUCGACCGGUCGCGGUCUGGUCCAUGACGACAUGGAUUGCUCGCAUUAUAUGAAGAACUUCGAUGCCCCUUAUGUCCCAUUGCGUUUGCAAUCGUCCAAGCAACUCCUGGGCACCAUUAAUAAGCAUUUCAGUACUCUGGCAUUCUGCAAGAGAUGGUUGGAUCGUGCCGGAGCCACCAAAUAUCAAAUGGCAUUGAAGGAUCUGUGCGACAAGGGAGUGGUGGAGGCAUAUCCACCUCUGUGCGACAUCAAGGGAUGCUACACGGCUCAGUAUGAACACACGAUUAUGUUGAGACCGACUUGCAAGGAAAUUGUUUCCCGUGGAUCGGAUUAUUGAUCGUCAUCAGCUUCGUCGUCUUCAAAACUUACAACAAAAAUAAUAUCGAUAGGCUGGACCGGUGAAAUUCUUCAACAAUGGAUUUUAUUUUACUGAUUUUUGAUUAUUUUUCUUCUAAAAGUAUAAUCUUUAUUUUGCUUUAAACUUUUAUAAUGUAACUGGAAAUUUGUAGCAUAUUAUUAGAUUUCUUUUAUUAUGUUGUUGUUGUUGAACAGCGAAAAGAAGAAAAAGAGCAUGUGAGAUAAAAUUAAAGUUUAGAAAAUGAUCAGUC